AUGUUAGGCCUGGCUCCAUCCGGAGCUGGAAAAACCCCCGCCUGCAACAUUGGAUGUGUGGGACCGUUAAUUUCGCACUUGGAGCUACGAAUUGAUCGAAGCAUUCUGGUUGACGAAACGUCGUCGAAUGGUCUCUUUAACCAUUUUGUGAACUUCCAAAAAAGUGCAGCCGGGGAAUGUGUUCCCGUCUUGUGCAUUGAUGAAGGUUAUACCUUCCUGAGCAAACUGAUUUCAAUGUUGGAGUCAGCAUCGCAUACUUUUCUGACAAUGGAGCGUAUCUGCAAGUUGUACGAUGGCGAUUAUUGGUAUUCCGUUAACGGCAAAGGAAAGCGGGUGGGCGUUAAGAGUGCGCGUAUGAGUAUGGCGACCUUCACAACACCUCGAAGGUUUUUGACUGAAAUAUGGCCAAAGGUUGUCGCUUGCCGCAACGGACUUGCGGAUCGCGUCUUAAUUAUGUACCAGGAUCGCCACCAAAUGGAAAUUGAAGAGAUGGAACAGUGUUCCUCUGAUAUCCAGCAAGGUCCUUUGAAAGGCUUAGGGAUGGUGUAUGAACAUAUCUACACAGAGCACCACCAGGAAAACCCUGUUGAAUACACAUUAACUGUAACCGCCCGCGAGCUGUACAUAAAAUACUGCAAGGGGAAGAUGUCAUCAUGUCAUCUUCAGUUGGUGCGUUUAAUCCUGAGUGCAACGCCUAAACAGAGAAAAACGCCCUCAGGUUGGCCCUAAAUCUUCACGUGCUAUGGCAUCGUCUUGACAAGACCUUAAAUCAACUUGCUGGACCAACCCCAACGACAAUCAGCGAAAGCACCAUGAACAUGGCCUUGACUCUGCAUGACACCCUUCUCGCUUUCGGAGGAGUUGCUGAAGCAGUAAGUGUUCAUUUCUUUUUUUAUUUGUCGAACUCAAUCGGACAUUGCAUUAUUUCCGAACUCUUAAUCUUUGGUAAAACUGGUUUUCAAAAUCAAGUUCUUGGAGGCUCGAAUUACUUGUGUAUACCCGGGAUUGUAGCACGUGUUUUUGGUACACGCUGAAAUUCAGGAAUGCAUUCAGAUGCACUGUCGCUUAGCCUUGAAUACGUAGUAAAAGACUCCCAGCAUUUCAGCUUUAAUGUAAAGGAAGGCGAAGAUCAUGUAACAAAGUCUUUGCAGUUUUCAUUCCUAAACCAAGUUAUGACGAGAUUUUCCACCAUAACUUUUGAAUCCUUGGACAAAAUCCAUGGAUUGAGUUCGAUUUGGUUCGAUUGAAGGGGCUAGGUCACGCUAUUUUAGGUAAUUUUACAAAAUUUAAUUUUGUUAAUUACGAGCUACAAAAUUUUUCCGUUUUGUUUUGUUUUAUGACAGUGUUUGCAGUUGAAACAAGGGGCUUCAGCAAUACGUCUGGACGUCUCGAAAGAAGACAUAAAGAAGAAAAUUCUAUGCCUACCUGGGCCGUUUUGCAGUGUAAAACGCGUCUACAACAGUUUUUCUUCAAGUUCGCAACCCAGCCCUCAAGUCACAGAACAGUGUUUUCAAGAACUGACCGAUGAAUCUCUUGGCAGUUUCAAGAAGGUACAGAAGUCUACAUUCUUCUAUAAAGCGCUACCAUUAACCCUUGCUAAUUCUGAACAUCAUCUUGGUGCUCUUAACUUGUCCCUUGAAGAUUAUAAAGCAAAUGUUUGGAAGGAUGACCUUCUUCCCUCCUCCCAGAGGGAUAAGAUGCUUGAAAAUCACCCACAGGAAAACGAACUGAGGGCAUACCUC